AUGGCUGCCUCUAAAUCUACAAAUCAAUACCCUCGCAAUGUCCUUAGACGCAUUGUGAAGGCCCACUCCGGCUGCAACAUUUCGAAGAACGCUGAUAUUCUGAUAUAUCUCGACUACGCCCUAUUUCUCGAACAGCUCGUUAAGGAAGCCGGGAUAGACGCAAAGGCGUCUGGGGAAAAGCAAAUCACGGCGCGAAAUGUUAAGAAGGCGAAGGAUACUGUCCUCAAGAAAUUCCGAGCAUAA